ACUGAAUUUAACUAGUUCGAAGAAGCAUGUGAAGCGGAUACACGGAAAUCAGUCUGAAGGUCUUGUGUUUUGAGUUUAUGUAAUACUUUACGGCUUCGGAUAAGAACUUGACGUGGAAAUGGGUGUUAAAAUAGAGAUUUUCAGAAUGAUGCUGUAUUUGUCCUUUCCCGUCACCAUGUUUUGGAUCUCAAACCAGGCAGAAUACUUCGAGGAGUAUAUCGUUAAGAGAAAGAGGGAAAUCUUCCCUCCUGACGAAGAAUCACAGAGGAAGGAGUUGGAGAACUUUAAAGAGCGGAUGCGUGUUCGAAAGGAGCAGCAGUUAUUAAAAAAAAUGAAUGAGAACUGAAGAUUUUGUGCUUUUGGAAAACUAUUUGAAUGUUCAUUGCAGACAAUACUUUCUUUUAAUUGUUAUGGGAAAGGAGAUUGUUUCAAUCUGGAAUAAGACCACAGUACAACAGAAAGUUGCCCAAGGUUAAUACGAUUUAUAAGGUUUGCCUGGCAGUUUGUAUGGAUUAAUCAUGCCCAAUAUGCCUGAUGUUAAAUUUAUUUAUGACCUAUUUUUAUACAAGAUUUCUUAAAUGUUGGAAUUGCUAUUUUCUUUGAGUUUGUGAUACAGGCUAUGUUCCACAUUAAGGUUUAUUUUUCUGUGACUGCAAUCUGUUUUGUAAUGCUGGUAAAAUAUUUCAAACUCUGGUUGUAUUUUCUCAACUUUUUUACUUUGCAGAAUUCUACCGGAUGUGAUUAAACACAACCAUAAAGAGCAGGAAAAACAAUGAGCUAAUAAUCCACCUAAUCUAUUUUCAGGAUUAAACUAUUAAUUGUGCAUUGAUUUUACAGUAACGUAAAAUGAUUCAUUAGCAGAGCUUGUUGGAGGGGGUGUCAUUGAUUAUCUUGAAAAUCAGUUAACCUUUUAGAAGUGCUUUAGUUUUCUAUGUUGUUUGUUACAAUAACUAAUAAAACCUCAUUUAUUUGAAGUUGUCUCUAACA